CGUGCCCCCCGUGACUGCAGAGAUUAACAGGCGACUGUGGGGGAACAAUGACAACCGAUCUGAAAAAUUGCCUCAACUGAUGUAAAAUCAACGGAAAACAUGUUUGACCCAGAAGAUCCCACAUUACCUUUGGAUAGUCUGUUUUUUGAAAGACCUGUUAUCCAUAAAGUGAAACCACUCUGUCAGAAGCAAGGGAAUCCUUUCCCUUCAGUCUUUACCAAAAACAGUGGAGAAAGCUCACAGUUCAGGAGAAGUUUAUUUAAACCCCCUCCAAGGACGGUCUCAGAAAGUGGUGACCAUGGCAACGGUGCACUAAGUCAAAGAACAUUCCGAACAAAUGCCUGUUUCAAUGGGCAGGUUUCAAAAGAGACAGAAGAUCCAUUCAUCACAUCCACCCAUACCGCCCCCAGUUCUUUGACAGGCUCAGGUCUGCUCCGUGCACACCACCGUCCAACGUUAAAACACAACCAGCAUGCAAAAAAAGCCCACAUCCUUCCCCUGACACCUCAACCCCUUAAUAUACAAGGUGGAACAGGGUCAGGAAUUCUUCGUCCGGUCACUGAAAUCCCUGCACAAUUCAGAUCCGUCUUCAAUGAGUUUCCCUACUUCAAUUACGUUCAGUCGAAAGCCCUGGAUGACGUUCUUUACACAGGCAAAAACUUUGUGGCUUGUGCACCCACUGGCUCGGGAAAAACAGUGCUCUUUGAAUUGGCAAUAAUUCGGUUGCUGAUGGAAGCCCCUUCACCCUGGCAGAAUAUCAAGAUUGUCUACAUGGCACCAAUUAAAGCCCUUUGCAGUCAGCGGUAUGAAAAUUGGAAGCAGAAAUUUGGGCCUUUGGGGCUGAGCUGUAAGGAGCUGACAGGAGAUACAGAGAUCGAGGACUUCUUUGAGAUUCAAGAUGCUCAUCUCAUCAUGACUACACCAGAAAAGUGGGACAGCAUGACCAGGAAGUGGAGGGAUAACUGUCUGGUUCAGCUGGUCCGGCUCUUCCUCAUUGACGAGGUCCACGUGGUGAAGGACACAACCCGUGGUGCGACGCUUGAGGUCGUCGUCAGCAGGAUGAAAACGAUGCAUACCUACCGCUCUGCUGAAAACCCCGACCCCAAACUCGCCAUGAGAUUUGUGGUGGUUUCAGCGACCAUUCCAAACAUUUCUGACAUAGCCGAUUGGCUCUCGGACGGGAAGGGUCCGGCCACCUGUCUGGAGAUGGAUGAGACGUUCAGGCCAGUGAAGCUGAGGAAGGUGGUGCUGGGCUUCCCCUGCGGCACCACGCAGACCGAGUUCAAGUUCGACCUGUCCCUCAACUACAAAAUGGCCACCGUCAUCCAGACCUACUCUGAAGACAAGCCCACACUCGUGUUCUGCUCCACGAGGAAAGGGGUGCAGCAGUCUGCCACAGUGCUCGCCAAAGACGCCCGCUUCAUCAUGAGCGCCGAACACAGGCAGAGGUUGAUGCAGUAUACAAACUCUCUGCAUGAUUCUAAACUGAGAGAUUUGGUGAUGUAUGGAGUUGGUUUCCAUCACGCUGGGGUCGAAGUGUCGGACAGAAAAUUAAUUGAAGACGCUUUCACAGUCGGAGACCUACCAGUACUUUUUACGACCAGCACGUUAGCGAUGGGAGUGAACUUACCCGCUCACCUCGUGGUGAUCAAGUCCACCAUGCACUACGUGGGAGGGUCGUGUGAGGAGUACAGCGAGACUGACAUGUUGCAGAUGAUUGGACGAGCAGGCCGACCCCAGUUUGACACAUCAGCAACUGCAGUGAUCAUGACCAGGUCCCAGACAAAAGACAAAUACACACGGUUAAUGAGCGGGGCUGAAACCAUCGAGAGCAGCCUGCACACACACCUUGUGGAGCACUUAAACGCGGAGAUCGUUCUCCACACUAUCUCCGACGUGAAUGUGGCCUUGGACUGGGUUCGCUCCACGUUCCUUUACAUCCGAGCUCUGAAGAACCCCAGACAUUACGGUUUCCCAUCUGACCUGGACAGAGCUGGAAUUGAAAUGAAACUCCAAGAGCUCUGUCUGAAGAACCUGAAUGAACUGGCAGCCAUAGGCCUGAUCACUAUGGAUGAAGAUAUCAACUUCAAGCCUACUGAAGCCGGGAAGCUUAUGGCCCGAUACUACAUCGCGUUUGACACCAUGAAGCAGUUCAGUCUGCUGUGUGGAACAGAAACACAACCUGAGCUGCUCCAACUGAUCUCCAAAAGCAAGGAGUUCAGUGACAUUCAGUUGAGAGUGAACGAGAAGCGAACGUUGAACACCUUGAACAAGGAUAAAAACAGGAUAACAAUCAGGUACCCCAUGGAGGGGAAGAUAAAGAACAAUGAAAUGAAAGUUAACUGCCUCGUUCAAGCUCAGCUUGGCAGCAUCCCAGUUCAAGAGUUUGGAUUGACACAGGACACUGGGAGAAUAUUCAGAAUUGGAAUACGUAUAAGCAAAUGCCUGUUUGAGUACCUGAAGCAGCUGCCUAAGAAGAGCUUCUCUGCGCUGUUGAACACCCUGAUUUUGGCCAAGUGCUUCCGGGCCAGGCUCUGGGAAAACUCUCCAUUUGUCUCAAAGCAGUUGGAGAAAAUCGGACUGUCUCUCUCUACCGCAAUGGUGAACGCGGGACUGACCACAUUCCUCAAGAUCCAGCAGACGAAUGCCAGAGAGCUGGAGAUGAUUGUCAACAGACAUCCGCCAUUUGGUAACCAGAUCAAGGAGGCUGUCGAGCAUCUUCCGAAGUAUGAAGUCAGUUUGGAACAGAUUCCAAGAUACAGUGUUGCGACAGCAGAGAUCCUUGUUACAGUGAACUUGAAAAACUACGAGCAGCUGAUGUCAAAGAGAACGUCUCCUGACCACCAUUAUGUCACCCUAAUUAUAGGGGAUUGCAACAAUAAUGUGGUGUUCCUGCAAAACAUCACAGACUCUCUCUUGCUGAAGUCUGGAAGCUGGUCAAGAAAAAUUGAAGUCACAAGAACUCCCAAAGGAGAGGAGCUCAGUGUGAACUUGGUCAGCUCAGAAUUUGUGGGACUGGACAUUCAGCAGAAGUACAGCGCAUUCUACUCUGGAGCGAGGCGCUUUGCGUCUGAAACGGACAGCUGGGAGAACGCGCAGUCUACGGCAAAGAGAGAACAGGGUGCUGAAGAGAGCGCACAGGCUACAGCACCUAGAGCACAGAGCACAGUGCAGAAAGCACAGGGCACAAUGCAGAAAGCACAGGGCACUAACGUAGAUCAAGGGAAAAGAGAGUGCAACCACUUCUGUAAAAACAAGGACCAAUGUGGACAUGACUGUUGUAAGGUUGGUGUACACAUGGUGUUGAAAAGGCCCUCGCAUGCGGAGUCCGGUUUCUCUUCCUACCUCAGAGACCUGAGAACCAGGAAUGAGACACUCGUGCAGACUCCUGUUAAGCGCCUGAAGAUGAAAAUGUGCAACCAGCCUGGGGCUGCUGCCAUGCACCAGUUCUCAUACAAGCCCAAAGACAUCCUGCCUGCUGCCCCAAGUGGCUGCUUCUCAUCAGAUGCUCUCAAUGUGACCUUUGACCUGGGUGUAGAUGACUGGGAUGAUAUCGACGAAGCCAAUUUAGUGAAUGCCAGUGAGAUUUCAUACACCAGGACUCCGACCACAGACUGCAGCACACAAAGAGAUUACUCAGCGCCAUUGACUUCUUAUGAACAGCCAAAACCCAUCUUUGCACAGCUCAGUAGAUCACAUAUGGCGAGCUCUGCCAAUGUCAGACCUCAAGAGUCUCAGUGUCUUGGUCACAUUCCAAAUAAACCAAUGGAUAACUGGAGCCAAUCGGACGAUGGUUUUAAAACGUGCGGUGAAAUGUAUGGAAACAGGGUGAGUCCCUCCUUCCCAAGACUGAAGUCAUCGCAAUUGGGCACCUUGAAUAGAACACUCAAUUUCUUUUCGAAGCCAAAUGCUGUGGAACGUGAUGGGAUUUCUGGAAGAUUCCAGGGGAAAGAAGACUCUUCAGAAGUUGAAGCAUUCCUUGGAAUAUUUGAAGGAAUAUUUUAGUGCUUUUAUCAACUGUUGGAUGAGCUGAACUUUACAGCAUUGUAACUUUCAAUGUUACACAAUAUAGUUC